UCUCUUUUGAUACAUAUAUAGCACAAAGAUCUCUCUCCAUGUGUUUACAUUGUUCAUUUUGAUUAUUUUGUCCAUGUCCCACAGAAGAGGAAAAAAAAGGAACCUUGGUACAUCUUUGUAGAAGAUCAAGGAUCGGGGUGCAGGCAGGCACUGCUUGUAGAUCCAAAGUCAUGUCUUCGGGAAAUCUAUAUAAUAGUAGUAACAAGGGCAAAGCUGUGCUCAAUCUUGACCUCUGUGCGCCGAUGCCGGUGGAAGCUGUUCCUCUAAUGGCGGUCGGCUCAGGGGAGCCAGCAGUGAGGUCGUCGGCUGAGGCUAUGCCUGCAGCAGCGACGAUGGCGGCGGCGGCGGCGGCGGCCGUGAUCCGUCCUGGUGGAUCCCAGUCCCAGCAACUUGACAAGAGCCUCAUCCUCCUCGUCAAAUGCGUCAUGCAGCAUUGCGUCAGGGCGAUGGAGGCAGGGAACACCGAGGCCUCCAACAAUGCUCUGGCAGCCCUGUCGUCCGUCUCAUCCCUCGACGGCGACCCCAUCCAGCGCCUGACGUCCGCCUUCACCGAGGCGCUCGCACGGCGCGCGCUGGAGCCGCUGCUGCAGGGCCUGCCCUGGGCGAUCAAGGAGCAGCUCCGCAGGCCUCCUCCGCCGGCGUACGCUGAUGUGGCUCGCCAGUGGUUCCACACGCUGAGCCCGCUCCUCCGCGCCGCCGGCUUGGCCGCCAACCACGCCAUCGUCAAGGCGCUGGAGGGCGAGCAGGACGUGCACGUCGUCGACCUCGGCGGCGCGAACCCAAGGCAGUGGGUCGAGCUGCUCCGCCUCCUCGCGGCGCGCCCCGGGGGUGCGCCGUCGUCGUCGCUGCGCCUGACCAUCGUCAGCGACCACGCCUGCUUCCUGUCCUGCGCCACUGGCCUGCUCACCGCGGAGGCCACGCGCCUGCACGUCCCCUUGGCGCUCAACCCGGUGCGAUCCCACAUCGACAACUUCUCGGCUGCCGUCAUCGCGGCUCUCGGCGUGCAGCGCGGACAGGCCGUGGUGAUCUCGUCGACGCUGCAGCUCCACCGACUGAUCGCCGACACGACCAUCGUUAGCCACAGGCACGCCGGACGGCAGCACGACGAGACGAUGACUAGGGCGGACGCGCUCCUCCACGUGCUCCGCGACCUGUCCCCGAAGCUGCUGGUGCUGACGGAGCAGGAGGCCGACCACAACGACGGCGAGGGGCGGGGGCUCUGGGACCGCGUCGACAGCGCCUUCGACUACUACGCGGUCCUGUUCAAUGACCUGGAGGUAUCCCGCGUGCCGCGCGAGUCGCUGGACCGUGCGGUCGUGGAGCGGUUGCUGCUCCGGGAGGAGAUCGUGGACAUCAUCGCCCGCGACGGCGCGGCGCGGCGGGAGCGCCACGAGAAGUUGCUGCGCUGGGUGCCGCGGAUGCUGGCGGCUGGGUUCCAGCCAGCGCUGGUGGGCAUGGACGGGUUCAAGGAGACGACGAGGCUGGCGGACCGGCUGUCUGACGGCGACGGGCAAAGGCCGCUGUAUCGGGUAGUGAAGGUGAAGGAGAAGGGGUGCUUCUUCGUCCACUCGUGCUGGACUCCCAUGUUCUCAGUUUCGUUGUGGCAGCCGGCGCCCGGCGACCAUGAGUGAAUGAUGCGGAUGCGGCAGCCGCCAGGCCAACCCAUGGAUUUGGAUUCUCCGCGCCGUCGUACGUAGUGAUCUAUGAAUUACUGACAGGCCAAUAUAAUCCAUGUUCUCAGUUUCCGUGAUCUAUGAACUCAUGGAUUUCGUUUCAUUUCAUCUCGUUUGGUUUGAUCAACUGAAACUUAAUUAUGCGAAA